AGUCGAGCUGCGACUGCCGAGGUCGCGUCCCGAUGAGUGCGCACGACGCCGCCACCAGAGGCUCGCGUAUCUGCUCCGAGUUAGACCUGCGGGGUGCCUAUAGGAGAACGACCGCGCUACCUUGGCGCUGGAUGUGUGGCGCCACAUCUUAACGGUCCAUUACACAAGUAGCAGUCGUCGGCGUAUCUCGGGCAAUGAGCCAAACGGGAGGAGGAGGAAAGCCGGAAAUGCUGUGCAGCACCGCCUCCCUCGCUGCCGACAGCCGAGGCACUUGUCCUUUUUCCUCGAAGCUACACGGAGGCAUCGCCUGGAACUACGAAUAUCUACAGAUUCGGAAUUCGCUGCCCACUAAUAGGUCUUCAACUGCUCAUCUCUGCUUCCGAAAAUGGCCGUGGAAGUGCGAAUACCAAACGGACCCCUCUACAUCGAUAUGGACGGUUUCAGGCUCAGCCGGAACUUCACACUGGAGAUGUACAGAAGCGGUCUCAAGUACCAGCCUCGGCCGGAAGACAUGUUUGUUGUCACCUUUCCCAAAUGCGGUACCACCUGGACUCAGCACAUAGGGUACCUGAUCUUCCACAAGGGAGUACCCCCACCCAGCGCGCUCGACUUUCUCAAGAGUAGUCCCUUUCUGGAAAUGCUGGGUGCGGAUGCCAUCAAAGCCAUGAAGCGACCGGGGCUCAUCAAGACGCACUUGCCGUACGACUCCAUGCCUCAGCACGCUCAGGCAAAGUACCUUUACGUCUGUAGAAAUCCCAAGGACGCCUGCGUCUCUUUCUUCCACCACACACGCGCGUUUGCAGGCUACGAAUUUUCUGAUGGAAGGUUUGAAGACUUUUUUGAGGUAUUUAUGGAGGGAAAAAACGAGUACGAGGAUUAUUUUGAGCACGUCCUUUCCUGGUACUCGCAUCGCAAUGACCCCAACGUGUUGUUCAUCCACUACGAGGACAUGAAGAAUGACCCCAGGAAGGCUGUCCUGGAAAUCGCAAAAUUCCUCGACAAGGAUCAUCACAAGUUACUCGUCGAAAACGAAGAGAUGCUGAAGAACGUAAUAGAGCACAGUGACAUCAAGUCCAUGAAAGUGGCCGCGGUCGAAAACUUUGAGAAGUUUUUUGCGAACCCCCUUGAAGAGGACAACGUUCCAGCUGGACUGAGAGCUUUCCAUGAGGCCGCAAAGCGUCAGCCGAAUGCAGGAUUUAUUCGCAAAGGAAUUGUGGGAGAUUGGAAGCAACACUUCAACGCCGACAUGAACAAAAGGAUGGAAGAAAAGAUUUUAGCUAAGCUUUCUCAGACAGAUCUUAUUGAUAUAUGGAAGAAAUACGGCAUAAUGUGAUUUCGUUGUAUGUUCACUACCUUGCUAUCUUGGUUGCGUCCUGAACUUUAUUUUUUUUUAAUUUAUCUUCUAAGAUAUUUGAGCUAUCCGUAAGCUAAUCGAUCACACAUGAACAAUCAGAGUCGUGCACAUACUUGUAUAAAAAGCUUGUCGUAGCGUUGCUUGUUUAAAUAACUCGACCACUCAUCUCGGCAAAAUAUACUAGACCAGGUGGCGCUAUUAAAUAACAGAACUGGUGGCAAAAGUGUAUCUUAUUAUUAAGCUGUUAAUACUUAAUUAACAGUUUUAUUUUUCAACGUAUUCCCCUCCCAUAUCUAUGCACUGUGGCAUACGAAGUUUCCAUUGUUGGAAGCGGUGCAGUAGGUCAUCAUAUGUCAAGCUCGUCAGCAGCGCUGGCGUUUCUUCCUUUACCUGGUCCACAGGGCGAAUAUGGAGUCUUUUUAGUGUAGAUUUUACCUCCGGAAACAAGUAUCUCACUCGGGGCUAAAUUGGGCUAGUAAGGUGGGUGGCCCAGCGCUAGGAGGUUUUUAUUCGCCAGAAACUACUUUAUGGAGAGAGCACUGAUGCAGAAUCCACGCGUUGCUUUUACGCAACAUGGGCUUUUUUUCGCAUUUGUUCUCCCAGCUUUGAUAGAACUUCGAUAUAAUGCUGUUGAUUGAUUGUCUGACCAUGUGGUACCCAUAUACGCAUGAACACUCUAUUAAUGUCAAAUAAAAUAAACAGCAACAUCUUGUAAACCCUGAGAUGGGGAACGAUAAAAUAACGGACGAACACAACAAAACAGCAAUGCGUUCACUUUCGACUUGCUCAUUCUUGCCUUUUUAAUAUUAGCGACGCGGGAUCUUUCCAGUUCUUCGGCUGCAUUCUUGGUUUCUGGGUCGUACUGUACUAAAAAAUCCACGUCCCGUCACAUGCGAUGAUAUUUUCCAGUACAUCAGGUUCCGCGGCGAAUAUUUUAGAAAGUCAGUUCAAAUCUGUUCCUGGUCUGCUUUCUGGGUUUCUACUCCUGACGGUGUUUUUGGCAUCAUAUUGGCGCAGACUAGUGCCUGCUCAUUUUGUCAUGUAAAAUAUGCCGUGCAGUUUCUUUAUCAAUAUGUACCGUGUCGGUAAUUACCCGAAUACUUAAUCCACGAUCCUUGCGGGAACUAAUUUGGUUUGUGGUCGUGACAAGGCUACUCUGCCGUUCGUUGUCGCAACGCUUUAUCGUCCCGUGUUAAAUCGUCUCUGUCACUCAAAUGCUCAACUGUGUGACAUCACAUUGUCACCGUAUACCUCCUUCAACAGUUACAAACACUCACUCGGCGAUUUGUUUAUAUUUUCAAGGAAUUUGGUGUUGAUCUGCUGCCCUGUUUCAACAUCAGCCAAAUUGUCUCCUUUUUUUUUCACGGCUCAUCUAUUCUUAAAAUCGAAAAAAAAAAAAACACGGGCGACAAGCACAGGAUAACCACGUGGUUGUCCUGUGCUUAUCCUCCGUGUUUUUAUCUUUUGAUUUUAAAAAUUCAUGUUCAACUCGCUCGAUUUUACCAGUUCAUCUAUUCUGGCUUGUUUCGUCCGGAUUGCCUCGUCUGCUAACGGCUUUUCUGUUCUGAAACCGGUUUGUGUUGUCUACUUCCGAAUAUUUCAAGGUUACUCAAAUUGUAAACACUUCUCACUGCUAUAAGCAUACCACCGACAACAUGCCAGUCUUGUUAUUUAAUAGGUACAUAUCGCAUGUUUUGUAAAAAUUAAAAGACCACUGACACCCUAAAAGUGCUGCUUGUUAUAAUUGCAGACAACCGUGAGUUAUCCCUCACAUCAUCCUCAAAAUUUAAAGUACAAAAACUGUAAUUAUUAUGUUAAAAAAAAAAUAGAAAAAAGACAGAUUUAAUUUGGCUUUCUACUCGGUGCCGAAAAGAUGCAUUCCCUGCAUUUUUGGAGGGCUUUAAAUGGAAGGGCGGGAGCUGGCGGGAAGUGUUACUUAAAUUUCCCUGUUUAUACUAUUUCUAUCCCUUGUGUGGGCGCCAGCCAAUCGCCGGCCCGUUUGCUACGCGCGUGCCUUAUCUUUUUUCUGCGAGUGCAGAAAGCACUCCAUUUUUCAGCUUGAGUCUCCUUCUUGAGCUGUUUUUUGCAUAAGUUUUUUUUUUUUUUAUUAGACUUAGGUUUGGUGUGCAUUCGUGAUUGUUGCAAAAUUACAGAUCAACGUAAUAAAUUAUUUUUAGUGGCAUGCAAUGUGUGAAAGUUUUGAAGUUCUGAAGAAUGUCUUUUCCAUAUUCAUGAUAACAAACAGGAAACCAGGUGGAGUACGGGAGAGAAGGAGGCCGAUAACUGAUGGGCGCCUUUGAGCGCUCGAAAUCUUUUCUUCGUGAUGCAGUUUCUUUGCACUUAGAUUACGCCGCCUUGAGGUGUUUGAGGCAAUAAUAAAGCUGAUUUUGGAGUUAUCAA